UGAGUCGGUGACGUAGCUCAAACAGGUUCCUGGCUCACUCAGUGGAUGAUGGCGGAGGAAGAGGAAUGCGGGGCAAUGCUGCGGGAGCGAAAGGUGCAAGGUGGUAGCGAGCAAGGUGCUUGUGCCCCCCGACCGAACACCAGAAUGAGUGCUGCAGAAUAUACGCGACAGCUACAGGAAUGGCUCUGGCAAUGCUACUGUGGCUCCCUAUGUUGGCAGAACAGCUGCGCCGCUACCACGGCCGUUCUAAUGAUGAACGCGGCCUCCAGCAGCUCAGGGGAGCCCGGGAGAUUGAGCAGCAGCAGCAGCAGUGCUAUAGGGAGAGCAACAAGCACAACUACCACAAGUGCCCCCACCGGCACCAUUGCCACAGCAGCUGCAGGGCGUGAAUAUGUUAUUCCUACCCUGGCACAGCGGUUCCGAGCUGAAAUGGUGGAUUUCUUUAUCCUGUUUUUCAUAAAAGCAGCUUUUAUCCUAAGUAUAAUGCAUAUUAGCGGGAUCAAGGACAUUUCCAAGUUUACUAUGCAUUACAUCAUUGAAGAAGUAGAUGAGGACACAUCAAUGGAAGAUUUGCAGAAAAUGAUGGUGGUGGCGCUUAUCUACAGAAUAGUGGUGUGCUUCUAUGAGAUAAUUUGCAUUUGGGGGGCAGGAGGAGCAACCCCAGGAAAGUUCCUGCUUGGCCUAAGAGUUGUGACAUGUGACAGUUCAGUGCUUAUUGGUCCAAACAGAGUUCUAGUUGUUCCUUCCACCAAUGUAAACCUGGCUUCAUCAACAAUACGAGCUGUGAUCAAGAACUUCUCCAUUGCGUUCUUCUUCCCUGCAUUUAUCACAUUACUGUUUUUCCAACAUAACAGAACAGCCUAUGACAUUGUGGCCGGUACUAUAGUUGUACGAAGAAAUGGGAGAUGAUGAAAGUAGUAUGGCAGGUUUGCAGCUGGAUUGAAUUAGGGAGACAGUUCAUUCCAAGGGCUUAUACAAUCAGUACUACAAGAGAGGAGUAUUAUUCAGCUGUUUUACAGAAGGUAAUAUGGGAGCUUUACAACUGCUAGAUCACAGUACCCCAGUAAUGGCUAUUGUGUACCAGCUCCCUGCAUACCAUAUUUAGUUUUUUGUUUGCAGACGUAAGAUUGUGUGAAUCAAGGACUGGGUAGUUAUAUGUCUUCUUUGCACUCCAUUGCUGUAUAUGUGACAGCUAUAUCCCAUGAAAGUGAAUUGGAAUAUUAAGUAGGUUUAUGUACAAAAUUUUUUGUAGUAAAUGACAUUUAAUAUGUUCAAUUUAAGUGUACAAUAUAGCUAAAGAAAACUUUCAGGUUGGCUCAAUCC